AUGGUCUUGCGAUGUUUUAGUUCCAGCUGUCAGUGGAGGGUAUAUGCCACAAAACUAAAAGACUCUGACGUUUACGAGAUAAGGAAACUCGAUUCCAUACACACUUUCUCCGUGGAUGAUAGGUCCGGUUAUCAGUCUCAAGUUACACAUCAAGUUGUUGGAGAGAUAAGGAAAGCUCGUUUCAAUGGUUGUGGCGGUGGUCCGAAACCUGGAGAGAUAAGGCAAGUAAUGCAAGGAGACCACGAUGUCCGGAUAUCCUACUGGAAGGCUUGGCGCUCAAGAGAAAUUGCUUUGGAAUAUGCGAAAGGAAACUCCCGAGCCUUUUACAAUUUACUUCCUGAUUACCUCCGUAAGUUAGUUGAAGCAAACCCUGGAACCCUAGCCGAAAUUGAAACUGAGUACAACAGCAACAUAGUAAAUAGAUUUAAGUAUAUGUUUCUAGCUAUGGGAGCUUCUAUUAUGGGAUUUGAAUACAUGAGAAAAGUCGUAGUUGUCGAUGGAACCCAUUUGAGAGGAAAAUAUGCUGGGUGUCUUUUAACGGCUUCUGCUCAAGACGGUAAUUACCAAGUCUUUCCACUAGCCAUUGCUAUUGUCGACGGAGAAAAUGAUAGCUCGUGGGAAUGGUUCUUCAAAAAGUUACUGGCAUUCAUUCCAAAUACAAACGAUAUUGUGUUUGUAUCUGAUAGACAUUCAUCCAUAUACCACGGUUUGGCCAAGAUAAUUGUUGUUUAUCCAGAUGCGAAUCACUGUGCAUGCAUCAUACAUUUAAAAAGAAAUAUCAAGACUCAUUACAAAGACAAAAAUCUAGGAUUCUUGGUUGCAAAGGCUGGAAGGGCUUUCAGAUUGGCUGACUUCUACAAGGCUUUCAAUGAGAUCAAACGUGUUAAUGCCUCUUGUGCAGAUUACUUAAUAGGAAUAGGCUUUGAACAUUGGGCACGCUCUCAUUUUCACGGACGUCGUUACAAUAUUAUGACGAGUAAUAUUGCCGAAUCGUGGAAUGCAGUUCUUCGUGAAGCCAGAGAAUAUCCUAUAUUGGCUCUUAUUGAAUUUAUUAGGGCUAAGCUGAUGACUUGGUUUUCUUCAAGGAGCUCAGAUAUCUCGGCAAGGUUAGACAAUUUCACACCGAAAGUAAUGGAGAUUCUCGCCAUGAAUUUCGAAAGUUCAGCCGGUUUUGAAGUGAAGAAAAUAAAAAAGCUGGAUUAUGAAGUACGGAACAAGGAAGGGUGUUCUUUCCAUGUGGACAUUUCCAAACGUUUUUGUAGUUGUUUUGAGUUUCAGGUUCUCGAAAUUCCUUGUCAGCAUGCAAUAGCAGCGGCCAUAAUAGCGAAGGUAAAAGUGGAUUCAUUGGUAGCUGAAGAGUACACUAAGAAUGCAAUGGUUGCUGCUUAUGCUGGUAGUGUUGCUCCAGUUAUUGAUACCGAUAAUAUCAUUGAGCUCACUUCUCAAUUGUCCGAGUUAGAUAUGUUUCCUCCGUCUAGCAGACGUCCACCUGGGCGUCCACGCAAAAAAAACGAUAUAUAUCUCGUGGUGAAGUUCGUGUAA